CACACCACCAUCACCACCACCACCACCAGCACCGUCACUUCAAUAUUACAGCUCACAAGUAAAUAAAUCUCUAUAAUGUGACAGUCUGAAGGUUUCUGUGACGAGGAAGGUCAACAAAGAUGUCUCGUGUGUUGAAUGUCAGAAAGGGACUGAUUAUCAAACUGUUACUCGUCAUUUUCCUGCCUUUUCUGGUGUUUCUGUUCAAGACUGGUGACGUGGACGGGGAGCAGCGCGGAAAUAUGAACCUUACGCCGCCGCACCACAGGGAUGCUUUUGAUCUGAGGAAGACAGCACUGCGAGCAAAGGGCCCUCUAGCAGCAGACGACCCACUGACGCUAGCACACCUUCGCCACCACUACCUGGACGCCCCUGCCCACCUGCCCUACAACCUGCGUGAGAGCACCGACCUGGUCUACGCGCGCUACAAGACCAUGUAUCCUUCCUGGGCCUUCAUCAAUCACAUCCUGCAGGACUUCUAUGGUGAGAGUCCUGCAGGAUUUUUUGUAGAGGCAGGGGCGUUAGAUGGGGAGUUUCUGUCUAAUACCUUAAUGCUGGAAAGGCGCCUAGGAUGGAGUGGCUUGCUGGUAGAGGCGGAGGAAGAAAGCUACAGGAGUCUAAGGGGGAAGAACAGAAGGGCGUGGUCAUCCUGUGCCUGCUUAGGGGCUCGACCUUAUCCCUACGCCACUGUGCUCACCACCUUCAGGAACCAGGGCCAGGAGGCGAGCUGGGCGGGGCGGGGAGCUGCCAGACUGGAAGAGAAUCCUGCAGAAGGAGGUGAAGGUCCUGGUUACAAGACCUUCCAGAAAGUGCAAUGCUUCCCGCCCCUGUCCUUCCUUCUCGCCGUCAACGCCUCCUUCAUCCACUUCUUCAGCUUAGACGUGGAGGGCGCCGAGAUGGAUAUUCUGAAGACCUUCCCCUUUGAUAGAGUGACCGUGGACGUGUGGGUGAUAGAGCACGUGAGGCCCAACGCUACGCCUUCCGUCAGCCCUUCGUCAGGAGGCUCUUCUUCUUCUUCUUCUUCUUCUUCUUCGCCUUCUGCAACGUGGUACGAGGACCCAGCCUUCAUCUCCUUCAUGGAUUCCAAAGGCUACUACCUCUUUGACGUCUUCUGCCACCCUAUACCCGAUUACGUCUUCGUCAGGAGGGAAAGCGAGGUGUUUAGAAGAUUGGCCCUCCCCCCCAGGCUGUGGCGGAGGCAGGGCGUGUGUGCGCAGAAGAGCAUGUGGGAUCUGAAUGCUUCCUACAGUCCUCUGCUGCAUCGCGACCCUCGACACUGGCCACAGAUUGAGUAUAGGGAGGGUGCUGGUGGUGGUGGUGCUGGUGGUGGUGGUGGUGCUGGUGGUGUUUGA